AUGUUUGGUCGUACCGUGGUGGCCGUUUCGGCCUUGCGGAAGAGGUGGUCAAAAAAGCAAAAAAGUAACAUAGAUAUUCUUAACGCAAUGGUAGACGAACCCAAAGAUAAUGACUUGGAGACGAUCGUCUCAUUCUCUCGGUAUAGUAAAAAAUAUGAAGAGACGACGUCUAAUUCAUUCACUCCAUUUGACGCAACUUCCAAAGUGGACGCGCUUAAAGAACAUAUUUCCCUUGACGCGCAAACGCCCUUCAACUCUACCGGAGGUCAAGUUGACCUACGCCCCAACGAAUGCAUGAAUCUUUCGCCUUAUCAGAUUGUUGAUCAAGAAAAUCAGAACGCAUUCAACACAACCGUCUCACUCGCAAAUUCUCCAACCGUAUCAUCAAGUAAGGCUUCACCGAAAAUGAAGGCGGAAGAAGUUUCAUCUGAUCGCCCAUCGGUUUCGACCGAAAAUUCCAGGCAAAAACAAUGCGAUGGAAAGGAAGUAAACGAACCUACCGCCGCUGAUUCUCCUCCGGAGCCUGUGGAGAUAUCCCUCAGCAAAAAGAGUCACGUGAGUGAACCCACAUCAUACGCAAAUUCAAGUUACCCAGAUUCAGCGAUCCGCAGUCAACAUCGAAAUGGCGAUUCUGUCGUGUAUGAGAAAGUAUCCGAAAAUGCCGGCGUCGAUUUCUCGUUGACAAAUGAUCCUUUGGAAAGAUAUCCUUCAAAGAUUGAUGGUUUACCUGCAAAUCACUCAUUAAAUCUUCCUCCGGACAGAUUGGUGCAGAAGCCUAUUGCAUGCCAUUCGGACCAGAAUAAGAAAUUCCCUUCGAGUGUUCCAUCUGCAAUCGCCACUAAAAAAUCAAUUGUCGUCUCUGAUGAAAUCGUCAUAAAUAGUAUCGUAACUGACAAUGUAUCUCCAGACUCUUGCGCUUCGAAUAACAACUUAUCACGUGGUAUUCAGUCCUCUGGAAAAUCGCCUACUCGGACAAACUGUGAGUUCGAAUUCGCAAAUAAAGAAGUUAACUCGGAAGAGUAUGUUUCCAUCUGUCGACCUCCCAGACGCACAUCGACGUAUGAAACCCUUGGGCUUAAUCCCAAAACACACGAGAUAGUUGUUGACUCCUGUCUCGCCGAAGGGACGGCCCUGUUGAAAGUGUCGGCAAAAAAGAAACAACAACGAACCUUCAGGAUCGACGUCGACCAAGGAAGAAUAUUGUGGGAUUCCAAGAAAUCAGGGAAAGUCAACAUCGAGAACAUUAAGGAGAUUCGCAUUGGCGAAGCAAUAAGAAAUUACCGAGAGCAUUUUAAGCUUAGCAUGGAACAUGAAUCUCUUUGGUUCACCAUUAUUCAUGUCGAUUCUGGAAAAUACAAAGCUCUCCACCUGGUUGCACCAACGCAGAAAUUGUUCAACGUAUGGGUGGAUAAUCUGGAGAG